AUGCCGCGUGCCAGUGCAUUCAGCCCCCUCAGAGGGAACCAGGUGUCGGAUCCUUACAGGCGCAGACUUGAUCGGAUGGCUGCCGAGGACGUACGUUAUGACUGCUAUGCUGAGCACCGGGAGAUGGUUCUCUUUGAUGAGAUAGCACUGUAUUAUGGAUGGUUGGCCUCCAACUCGACCAUCAUUGUACGUUAUCUUCCGGAGCGCGUCAUGCGUCAGUUUGGCUAUGCACAGACGAUACCUCACGACCCUGUAGUCUCCGCUCCUAUCACCAUGACUCGUCGACAGUUAGAUGAGGUCUUUGCAGACUGGGAGCAUCACAUGAUUCUUGAGGAGGCUUGA